GAACAGAUGUUUGCUUUGUAUCGAGGUCGUGAGGAGGCUUGUACGUGAAGCGACACCUCUGUGUGCAACUCUAGUUAAUUUGUUUUAAAAAUAUCUUACCCGGCAAAUACGGGUGAUUCUCCAGUCAGAAGCAUAUUUCGACUGCCACAGGGAGGAAAUGGACCCCUUUACUGAGAAACUGUUGGAGCGCACACGCGCCCGUCGGGAGAAUCUGCAGAAGAAGAUGGCUGAGCGGCCCACAGCGGCCAACAGACACAUGGGCAAACGUGUACGAGAGCCGCUGGCUCUGAGCAACACCGUGACCGAGUCAGCCCCUGAGAAUGCCCCUCCCUCCUCCAAGCCCUCUCCCUCCAAACGCAGGUGUUCCGGCGACACUGAACUGUCCAAGGCUGAGGUGGAGAACGUGGAGCCGGCGGCGGUCUCUUUGGGGGCCCCUGCCCCUCAGGAUCCGCCCACAGAUCGGAAGCCCCCACCCGGGCCCUCCGCCAUCCGUUCUGUCCCCUCUCUGGAGAGGAAUGGGGAUGCGGGCCAGCUGACCGCUGCCCAGGGGCUGGUUAGGGGUGCCCACCCCCACAGCACUCCUGCUGGGCCCUCGGCUAUGAGGUCCCGCCUUCAGAAACUGGCUGAGCAGAGGCAGUACUGGGACACUGAUGAUGUGAUCCCAGACAGCACCCCUGCACCCCCCCCUGAGACUCAGAGACAGGAAGUGGCCCCUGCCCCCACCCCGACGUCCUCCGACACGCCACUGGGGCGGAGGGGCCGGCUGGCCAACCUCGCAGCCAGCAUUGGCUCCUGGGAGGACGACCUGGGGGCGCAGAGAGACAAUGCACAAGCAAAGCCUGGUACCGCCUGUUUACCCGCCUCGCUCCACGGAGCUGCUGGCGUCGCCGCCCAGACCGGGCCCGCGGUACACCGCCUGCAUCCCGGCCAGGCGGCUGCAAACAAGCCCAUUAUCACUGGGCAACAGCAGUCAGCCUGUUCACCAGCUAAAGUGAAGGUAGCGGCUCAGCCGAGUCCCCAGAAGGCUCAGUGUUCAAACCUCAGGCCCGCUCCGCAGCCGGGUCCCGCUGCUCCCUCCGCGGCCCUGUCCGCUGGCCCCAGGGCCGCCCACCUCUCCAGCCCUCGCAAGAUAGGCGCUCCGGCUGCUGCUGCUGGACUGCGACAGCCUCCUCCUCAGAGUCCCCAGAAGAACCAGAUGCCUGCCAGAGACCUCGGCUCGGGGAGAGACGUCCAGUCCAGCCCUAAGAAACCCGAUCUGCUCGCCAAGCCCUUAGUGGCAGCGUCGUCCGCCAUCCCGCUCAGGGAGACCACGCCCUUGCAGGCAAAGACCCCAUCUGGAGCACAGAGUGGACCGGGGGUCAAGUCCUUCCUGGAGCGUUUUGGGGAGCGCUGCCAGGAGCGUUCUGCCCAGAACUCUCCUUCGACUGCCGCAGGUCAGAAGACCCCAUUGCCGGGGCAGGCGGCGACCCCCAGGACCCGCCUGAUGCAGGAGAAGCUGAAGACCACUCCUGUGGUCACUGCUACGGCCGACCUCGCCCAGAAGCAGAGGCUGGAGCGAGAGAGUGAACUAGCGCAGCUGCGAAAUCGCUUCCAGAGAGAGAACGUGCAGAAGGCGAGCGGAGUGACCAGCGCCAAGCAGUCAACUCGGCCAACAGAGAGCAGUGUUAUGCCAACAGAGCCUAAGGAUACGCCAACAGCGCCCCCUGUGGAGACACUGAACACUGCAACAAAGUUCUGCUCUUCAGAGUCGCUUAAUGAGCCGGCUGCUUCGAGCCCGCUAAAGACGGCAGGAAUUUGCUCUAAGAUGUCUGAGGACAACCAAGAGGCCUCCGUGGGGGCGCGGGAGGUGGACAUGAUCGUAGACGCGGGGAACAGUUCAGAGGUCAUCAACAAGCUCUUCGACGGCGUCCUGGAGGAGAGUGAGGAUCACGGCGCUGAGAAUGAAGAGGAGGAUGAAGAUGAGGAAGGAGAUGAAGAUGCCCUGAACAUCUCCUCCAUGUCGCUCUUGGCCCCCCUGGCGGAGACGGUCGCUGCUGUCGUGAAAAGCCCUGAGCUGAAGCUGCUGACCUCCACCCCAGCAAGCUCUUUCCGAGAGAAGAGCAAGACCCCCGAGAGCGCCCGCCGGGCUGAGAAGCUGCAGAGGGCCCGCGUGCGCCGUACCCGCUCCUCUGAGAGCCUGGACGUUGCCGAAGACGAGCAGAACCUCCCCUACAGCAUCGACGCCUACAGGUCCACCAGGGUCAAGGAGACAGCCCGGCCACACGUGAAGCAGGUGAUCGUGCGCAAGGAGGAUGUGAAGCAGAAGGCAACAGAGGCCACGCCCAUAAACCAUGUCAGCGUCAAGCAGAAGAUCAAGGACCUGACCAAUGAGAUGAACCUGCAGCAGACAGUGAUCCACCAGGCCAGCCAGGCGCUCAACUGCUGCACGGACGAGGAGCACGGGAAGGGCUCCCAGGUGGAGGCUGAGGCCGAGAGGCUGCUGCUCAUUGCCACUGAGAGAAGAGUGGCACUGAAAGCCGAACUGGACCGGCUGAGGGUGGAGGGCCCGAAGAAGGGCCCGGGCUCCUCCAGAGCAGCAGAGGAAGGCGCCAUCUCCGCCUCCAAGGGCUCCGUCACGCUGAUGGAGCUGCGUCUCCCCCUGAAGGCCGACUUCAUCUGCUCCGCCGUCAGCAAGCCAGAGAGCUACUUCUUCUUCAUCCUGAUCCGGGCGGGAGCGGAGAACACAGUGGCGACCCCUCUGGGCAGCACCCGCAGCGCGCUGAGCGGGGACGCCCUCACCUUCUCUACCAAAUUCACACUUUCCAAUGUCACUAAUGACUUUGAAAUUGACGUGGAAGUCUACUGUUUGGUGCAAAGGCGUGAACUGUGUUCUGAGAAGAAGAAGAAGCCAAGCAAGUCAAAGAUUCUGUGGCGGCACGUCCAUGAGGUCCAGGAAUCGUGCUUUUCGGUACAGGCCAUAACUCCUAAGCGUCUCCUGACCACCAUAACUAAAAGCAAUCUUCACACUCCAGUGAUGGCCAGCCCAGGCGGCCCCAACGCUGUCCGCACCAGCAGCUUUGUCCUUGUGGGCUCCCACAAACUCACACUGGCAUCCAUUGGGAAGAACAAAUUUCCCCUGGAGAAGAUCAGUCAUGAAGAAAGUGAGAUAGAGUUUCUUGGUGACAUGUUUCAACACAAGGUCCCCUUCCUGUGUCCACUAGAGGGACACGUCUACUUGAAGCUGCAGUGUGAGGUUGGCUCACAGGUGGAGGAGAGGGGUUUCCUGACGAUGUUCGAAGAUGUCAGUGGCUUUGGGGCCUGGCACAGGAGGUGGUGCGUUCUCUCAGGGUACUGCAUCUCGUACUGGACCUACCCAGACGAUGAGAAGCGCAAGAGCCCCAUGGGUCGGGUCAACCUGGCAAACUGCACGAGCCGUAAAGUGGAACCAGCAAACCGGGAGUUCUGUGCCCGGCCAAACACCUUUGAACUCGUCACCGUUAGGCCCCAGAGGGAAGACGACAAAGAGACGCUGGUCAGCCGGUGCAAGAACACCAUGUGUGUCACCAAGAACUGGCUGAGUGCAGACACCAAGGAGGAGCGCAAUCUCUGGAUGCAAAAAUUGAACCAGAUUCUGGUGGACCUCCGCAUGUGGCAGCCUGACUCCUGCUACAGGCCUCUUUAAGUCUGCCACCUGGUGUUUGGGAGGGCAAAUGACAUCCAUACCCACAUGUCCCCCUGAUUUUGUCUUCCUGACUUAACUUUAAAAUGACGUUUUUUUAAAAACAUUUAUGUGCAAUAUAGUAUUUAGGGAAUGCUUGUAUGUGCUAUUUCUUUUAGAGAGAGAGAUUAAGGAUCCAAUAUAUUUAAGGAUCCAGGGAAAUAUUUUAGGAAGCUAUUCAUUUUGGCUCUUUAACAGGAUGUCUCAGUUCAUAUGCUGCUUGCAUGGCUGUGCCCUUGGAUUACCUAAUGUUUUAGACCUGCUAAACUCUUUUUUAUUACAUAUUCCAAGAGAGAGAGUUCAUAUGUUUUUAUCAAGAGGUUUGUGUUUUAUUGUUUUACUUCACUAGGUUCUAACCAUUCUCGCUGAUGCAGGUCCAUUCCUACACUCCAUGCAUACUUAGCUUGUGUGUCAUUUACACAAAUAUCUUUCACUGUGUGUGGAUAGGACAGGCUAGUGUUAAUGACACUGAAUUUUAAGUUAAAGCCGCGUGAGAACCUUUUUGGAGAAGUUACAGUUUCCCGGUUAGGCAGUUUAGAAGGCUGCUGUUAUUGUUUGCGGAAAAACCUGUUGUGGUGGUGAAACGGAAGCAUUUAAGUUUGCUGAUAAGUCGCCUUUAUUGUUGUUUGUAUUAUGUAUGUGUUUCUAAACGUUUGUCUGCCUCAUGGUCACAUGUCGAGGCAUCUGGGAGUACAAUGCAGAUGGCAGUCCCCGCUGCGCUUGUGUUCAGUGGCACUCUUCUUAAUGUGGCAUGAUCUUUAGUGGGAAGUCUGCCACACCUUGCAUACGUAUAUAUAUGCAUGUGUACACGCCUUUGUCGUAUUAUUCUAACCCCUUGUUUACAUAUAGCCUUUGCCAUUAAUGUAAUUUGCUUAACAUAAGAACCAUUUGGCAAGUAAGGAAAGUGUGGUUUGGUUUAUUGGUUUUUUUAUAUAUAUAUAUAUAUAUUUUCUGGUUUUCCCUAUCGUCCAUUUUGAGUACGGAAUGCAGUUUGCUGUAGUGUUUGGACUAUGACGACAUGCCAAAGUUACAGAUUAAAUGAACACUUCACACUUCAGCAAUAUUUUCUAAAAUAAAACUCCAAUAAAUGCCCGUUUUAACUAUUUGUGGUUCUUAUGGUUACUGGUUUGAUUUCUUUCUUGUAUUGGUGAAUUGAACUGGCAUCUCUUAAAUGGGUUUAUAUGCAUACUUCUUAACUAUGCCCUUCACUGCGAGGAUCAACAGUAAUUUCCCAGUUUAAUUUUUUUUUUCAAGAAAACUUUCAGGGAGACUUGCAGUGUAUUGUAAUACCUCGGUGAAACUCAGUUAUGUCAAAGGAAUUAUGGGCUGUAUAAUCCCAUAGCUUUUCAUAUUUCAUUAAUGUGUUUGGUGAAAAGCGAAAACCCUUCCUUGCCAAGCCGAAGAAUAUGAUGCGUAUUGCCGUUAAAUAGGUCUCUCCGGAUGUUAAAGAUCUGAUGAUGAUGUAUAAUUUGAUUGUACGUAUUUAUUUGAGAACUUCCACAUGAGUAUAAAAUAAUCAUAUGAAAUCAAUACAAUGCUGGGGAUGAUCCAAGCUAGUAUGGAUUAUCAUGAACACGAUAGUAUCAGAUGUGUGUAACUAAUUUAAAAUAAAGUACAAAACGUAUUGCAAUAAACUGUUUUAUCCCUA